UUGCUUUUUAGUCAACCCUCGCUUGAUCAUUCAUGAGCAGAGCAAGAUCAAUGGUCUCACCACCCAUCUUGCUGGUGAUCAUCACAGUGAUCCUUGUCCGAGCUCAGAGAGCCACGUCAGAGACGACAACAACAGAGUUCAUUUUCCAAGGUUUUAAAGGAAACCAAUCACAAUUCCAAUUAGAAGGAGAUUCAACCAUCAAGUCCAACGGACUGCUGAGGCUCACUGAUCGAAAAUCAAACCUUGCAGGAACAGCUUUCUACAACAAACCAGUGAGAUUGCUCGACAAUAAUUCAACGGUUCGUUCCUUUAGCACAUGUUUCGUCUUUGUCAUCAUGCCUUCAAGCGCAAACAACAGAGGGUUCGGCUUCACCUUCGCACUAUCGCCAACCCCAAACCGUAGAGAUGCGGGAGCGUCGCAGUACCUGAGGCUUCUCAACGAAAGAAACGAUGGUGAUCCGAGGAAUCACGUAUUCGCAGUGGAGUUCGACACGGUACAAGGAUUCAAAGACGAGACAAACCGAAUAGGCAACCACAUGGGUCUAAAUUUCAACAGUCUGUCUUCAGAAGUGCAAGAACCAGUGGCUUACUACAACAAGGAUGGGAAGAAAGAAGAGUUCCAGCUUGUGAGCGGGGAGCCAAUCCAAGUAUUUUUGGACUACGAGGGACCAACCAACACGCUUAACCUCACAGUUUACCCAACAAGACUUGGAUCAAAACCGAGAGUUCCCUUGAUCUCAAAACAGGUUCCUAAACUGAUAGAGAUCGUGCAAGAAGAAAUGUUCGUAGGAUUCACGGCAGCCACGGGGAGAGACCAAUCGAGCGCACAUUACGUGAUGGGUUGGAGUUUCUCAAGCGGUGGACCUGUUGCAGCAGCUACGCUGAAUCUCUCAGAGCUUCCUCCUCCUCCUCCUCCAAAUAGGGAGAAGAAGAGAGGCUACAAUGUGAAGAUCAUCGCUCUGAUCGUAGCUUUAUCAGCUGUUAUAUCGAUAAUGUUCCUCUUAUUUGUCAUCUUCAUGAUAUACAAAAGGAGACUGCAACAAGAGGAGAUUCUGGAGGAUUGGGAAAUCGAUCAUCCCCACAGAUUACGAUACAGAGAUCUCUACGCGGCUACUGAUGGAUUCAAGGAGAAUAGGGUCAUCGGAACCGGAGGAUUUGGAACUGUUUACAAAGGGAAACUGGCGAGCUCGGAUCUAAUCGCAGUGAAGAAGAUCGUUCCAAAUAGCAGGCAAGGUGUUCGAGAAUUCAUGGCGGAGAUCGAGAGCCUAGGGCGUGUGAGGCACAGAAACCUAGUGAACCUCCAAGGAUGGUGCAAACACAGAAGCGAUCUCUUGUUGAUUUACGAUUACAUCCCCAACGGAAGCUUGGACUCGCUUCUCUACAGUGUUCCGCGGAGAAGCAGCGCCGUUCUGCCGUGGGACGCGCGUUUGGAGAUCGCGAAAGGAAUCGCGUCUGGGUUGUUGUAUCUCCACGAAGAAUGGGAACAGAUGGUGGUUCACAGAGACGUGAAGCCAAGCAACGUUCUCAUCGAAUCAAACAUGAACCCUAGACUGGGAGAUUUCGGACUAGCGAGGCUUUACGAAAGAGGAUCCAUGUCGGAGACAACAGGACUCGUCGGGACGAUCGGGUAUAUGGCGCCUGAGCUAGCCCGCAACGGUAAACCCUCUGAUGCUUUCGCGUUUGGCGUUCUGCUCUUGGAGAGAAAACCAACGGAUUCCGGAACCUUCUUCUUAGUCGAUUGGGUUAUGGAUUUGCACGCCAGGGGUGAGAUUCUCAGCGCAGUCGAUCCUAGACUUGGAUCUGAUUACGACGGCAGAGAAGCAAGGGUCGCUCUCGCCGUGGGAUUGCUCUGUUGCCACCAAAAGCCGGCGUCUCGGCCGUCAAUGAGAGGGGUGCUUAAGUUUCUAAACGGAGAGGAGGAAGUUGUUGAGAUUGAUGAUGAGUGGGGGUAUUCAAAAUCAUCACGAAGCGAUUUCGGAUCAAAUUUUGUAGGAUAUGUUUCAUCGUCGACCUCAAUACCUUCUUCUUCUUCUGCGUUCGACACCAGGAUCAUUUCGACUUCUCAUGUUACUAGCGGUGGAUACAGGAAAAAGUGUCUAUUUCAAUAUGAACUUGACGCGUCGUAUCUAUUCAUUCACGAACUUCGUACUAGUGCGUAUUCCACACUGAACUAAACAAAUUUUUUAAAAUACUAUAUGAAUUUUAUGCGUCAUGUCUAUUCCUUCACAAACUUUAUAGUAGUGCGUAUUUCAUAUUGAACAAAACCAAAAUCAAAAAAUACUACAUAGACUCUCAAAAUCGUGUUUAUUUCAAUAUUGAGUGUUAAAUGUGUUAGUCAUCCGUUAAUGUAUCAAAACAACGUCAUUUUAUAUAAAUUUGUGAAAUUAAAAAUUAAAAAUGAAAUACACUCUCAAAAUUGUGCUUAUAUCUGUCAAAAGUAAUAGUCAUCAUUGAUUUUAUCAAAAACUAUUUUGGAUAAAUUCUAUGAAAUUGUCCGUCGUUUUUUAAUUUUUUCAUUUUACAAAAAAUUUAUCCAAAAUAACGUUAUUUUAAUAAAUUAAUGUAUGACUUGACUAACACCUUUCACUUACUGACAAAGAAAGACUAACAUCUUUGACGGUGUUACAUAUAAUCACGAUUUUAAGCGUCAAAAGUGUUCGUCUUUUUUUUGUCAGCAAAUCAAAGGUGUAGUCAUAUAUAUAUGUACACUAACCGUCAAAAGUGUUAGUAUUUUUC